AAUAUGGAGACUAUUUUGAACGAUACAGCAUUGUUCACAGCAAACCUUACGGGAAUUAAUGGAACCAAACUUUACUUUUCACAGGACUUGGAAAUGGAGCCUUUCUAUGCUCUGGCCAUAGACUUGAUAAGGUAUGUGCUCCCUAUCAUCAUAUUUGUUGGAACAUUUGGAAAUGUAAUGAGUUUUGUUAUCUUGGUACAAAGAGAAAUGCGACAGACCUCUACAUUUUUCUACUUGGCCACACUAGCGGUGGCUGACACUGGAGUCCUGUACCUAAGUGCAUUCAAAACUUGGUUUAGAGUACUAACUGGAUAUGAACUGCUACACCAGAGUGAUGCUGCCUGCAAGAUCUUGAUAUUUCUGACCCAUUUCUUUGUCCAUUUUUCUGCCUGGUUGAUUGUUGCUAUUACAGUAGAGCGCUUCUUGGCUGUGUGGUUUCCACUUCGAGCCACAACGAUGUGCAGUCUGGCGAGGGCCAAAUUUGCCACAGCAAUGAUUGCAAUGAUCUUCAUCUUAAUCAACAGUCAUAUAUUCUGGACAGCUGAACUGUACUCAUUACCCAGCGGCCAGGUUAGAUGUAUGUCCUAUGCCUAUCAGAACCUUGUCUGUGUAGUUUUUCCCUGGAUAUAUCUCGUUUUGUACUCCUUUCUCCCUGUGUUAGUAUUGCUUUUAUUCAACACUUUGAUUAUUGUAAACCUAGUCAAGACCAAAUCCUUGUUUCAAGCCAUGACCAAAACUGACCAACAGAUGCGUUACGAUCACCAAAAACUGGCUAUCUGCUUACUUGUCAUUUCCUUUACAUGGAUCUUCACAACUUUGCCACGGCCACUUUACCAAUUACUUAUGAAGACACCAACAAGUACUGAAAAACAAGCGGAGGCACUCUUUGUCCGUACACUGAGCUUUAUACUGAUGUAUAUUAACCAUGCUGUGAAUUUCUUCAUCUACGGAAUCACAGGGCAAAGAUUUAGGAUGGAGCUGAAGCGUUUGUUUCUGUGCCGUGUUCAUCUCAGAAAACCAAAGGUCAAAUCCACUAAGAUACGUACAUCCAGUGGGGUUGGUUCUGGUCACGAAACGUCUUUUUCCUCUUGUCAGCACACCUCAGACUGA